AUGGAUGUUCAGGAGGUUGCUGCCAAUUUGAUGGCAUUUGCAGCCAUCCGCGUUGAUGGCUCCGUUGUUGUGUGGGGUCACCAGUCUUGUGGAGGUCAGAUCGACGAGAACUUGCAGGCCCAGCUCAGUGAAAAUGGUGGAGUUCGCCGAAUUGUCACUUCUGAGCGGGCUUUUGCUGCCUUGAAGCGCGACGGAAGCGUGACGUGUUGGGGCUGUUUGUACCCCAGCGCUAAAGUUCCGGACUUGGGGGCAAGGCGAAUUAGCAGUAUCUACUCGACGCGAGCUGCUUUUGCAGCCGUUGAUGCAGAUGGUGGCGUGGUUUGCUGGGGCCAUGCAGCUUGCGGUGGCGAUUGCAGCGCGGUGGCUGAACGCCUGCAGGAGGGUGUGACGAGAGUGUACUCUACCGACAACGCCUUUGCUGCUCUGCGACACGAUGGCUCAGUCGUGACGUGGGGCUCCCAAACUGGGGGCGGCGUUUCUGACUCCGUGUCAGACCUUCUGCAGAGCUCUGUGCAGAAGGUGGUUGCGACGGAGGCUGCUUUCGCUGCUCAUCGCGCGGACCGCCAUGUCGUGGCUUGGGGCGACCCCAUGGCCGGAGGGGCCCUCCAGGCCCCGCUAGGGGACGUUGCUGACCUUUGUGCCUCGGGCAGCGCCUUCGCUGCGGUAUUGAUGGAUGGCUCCCUGCGGACUUGGGGGAACGAGCUGGCUGGUGGUUGUUGUCUUGACCACCACCAGCGAACUGGAAUUUGCCGCCUGUUCGCGACCCACGAAGCUUUUGCUGCCAUCUGCCUUGAUGGAUCAGUUCUCACAUGGGGCGAUCCUACGGCGGGCGGGAACAGCGACGCAGUGCAGCACCUGCUGCAUGAUGUGCAGGAGAUCUUUUGCACAAAAGCUGCGUUUGCGGCACUCCGUUCAGAUGGUUCCGUCAUUACCUGGGGCAGCCCGAUGUAUGGAGGAAGCAGCAGCCGUGUGGAACAUCAGCUCCAAGGAGGCGUGGCUCGUGUGUACGCUGCAGAAUGCGCGUUUGCAGCUGUUCGCACAGACGGCACGCUGGUGACGUGGGGUUACCCCCGCUACGGAGGCUGCUGUGAGGCGGUGAGGACACAACUCGUCGCUGAAGCCCUGAAAGCUGCAUGCGAGCGCCAGACUCCACGCUGA